CAUCGGAUUUGUGGGUGGGUGAAAAUUGUUCGUUGCUGUGUCUGAUCAGAUCUGGUUUUUGGGUGUUCUAUGUCAUUCUGAGCACGUCUUGAACAAGUCAAGACUAGCUUGGCUUGUGAAUGCUUGGUUUAGGCCUGAUUUGACAUGCGUACUGUGUUAAGAUCAGAGUUGGAACUUGGGGGGAGAGAGAGAGAGAGAUGUUUGAUGACUGCACUGUCAAAGGCUGUGCUCGGUGAUCAUCUUUCUCAGUUCAUAUCUAGAUGUUCCAUUUACCUUCCAAUUCUGCCUCAAAUUUUUUCCCCAUUUGUCGAUAAUUAUUGAGAAUUGAGAUAAAAAUUAAGAUCUCAAAAUCAAACCAUUUGGGUAUUUUGGUGUAGGUGACUGGCGGUGGUUUAAAGCUGGCAUGGGAGUUAGAUUUGAUUUUAUAAUUUAACAAAUUAAUGUAUAAAAUUAACUGUUUAUCUUUUAAUUAAAAAUUAAAAAAUUUCUCUACAACUAUUAGUUUAAUACCAUAUUUCGUGUUAAAUACGAUUUUCGCUGCUACCCUAAUUAAAUUUAAUUAAGAAUUUCUGGAACUCAAAUCUCCAUCAAAUAACUUUUAAUUCCACGCAGGAUCAAAACCAGAUGACUCUCCGCGAAUUCAAAAUAUUUUGACGAAGCCACUUGCUGCUGUGUUGAGACUUUGAGAACUCUUUUGUCUUAUUCACUGUCUGUUCGCCUCUGCCGCUAUAAAGUUUACUGAUCCCACCUAACCGAAAGCAAGAUAUUUUUUUACUAUUAAAAAAAAGAAAAAAUAAAAUCGCAUCAUCUUCUGCUCCUUGAAAUGUGGAUAGUCGUGGGCCCAAUUUGAACCGGCCCAUUACGAAGCCCACCUCAAACCGGACGCCCAUUUAUUUCAUUUCAGAUCCGAAAGCACUGUCAAAUGAAAGCCCAGGCCCAGGAGACAAGACCCUUCCGUCGUGGAGGCCAUUCAUUGGUUUCUUCCGGACAUUCACUGACCAAGCUGUCGUUUCAUCAUCACUUUCGCUACCGAUAUUCUGUGGAAUCAAACGCAUUUCCUGCUUCGGAGGUUCUCAGGUUCGCCCAAGGAUGGCAAUAGCGUCCCUCUCCGGUCCCAACCAUCUUCCGCAUCCUCGGCCGGUUAACCGCCGGCCGGAAGCUAAUCCGGUCAACGUGCGGACGCGCCUACCGAAGCCUGAACUGCCGGAUGAGCGAACAGACGCAGAGAUGACGGCGAGCAGAAUUGACAUGGCAAAGCUGAAGGAGAGAGACGCGAGGGAGAGGAAAGAGGAAGUGAACCGGAAAAUAGCAUCACAGAAGGCUAUUUCCAUCAUACUGAGACGCGAGGCCACCAAGGCUGUGAUUGAGAAUAAGAGAGGGCCAAACAACUCAAAGAAGCUCUUGCCGAGGACCGUCCUCGAAGCCCUCCACGAGCGCAUUACCGCCCUCCGUUGGGAAUCUGCUCUCAAGGUCUUUGAUUUACUGCGUGAACAACUUUGGUACAGGCCUAACUCUGGUAUAUACAUCAAGUUGAUCGUCAUGCUUGGAAAAUGCAAGCAAUCGGAAAAAGCCCAUUCUUUAUUUCAAGCUAUGGUUGAUGAAGGCUGUGUUGUAAAUUGUGAAUCCUACACUGCUCUUUUAUCUGCCUACAGUAGGAGUGGCCUUUUUGACAGAGCGUUUUCCAUUCUUGAGCACAUGAAGAACAUCCCUGAUUGUAAGCCUGACAUACAAACAUACUCUAUCUUUAUUAAAUCAUGCCUGCAGGUUUUUGCCUUUGACAAAGCAGAGAGUUUGCUUUCUGAUAUGGCAUCGGAGGGAAUCAAGCCCAACACAGUUACAUACAAUACCCUUAUUGAUGCCUACGGGAAAGCAAGAAAGUUCGCCAAGAUGGAAUCAAUACUUGUGGAAAUGCUCCGGGAGGGACACUGUGAGCCUGAUGUUUGGACCAUGAACUCCACGCUCAGAGCAUUUGGCAGCAGUGGCCAGAUAGAAACAAUGGAGAAAUGUUACGAGAAGUUUCAGCGUGCUGGAAUCCAACCCAGCAUCAAGACUUUCAAUAUACUCUUAGACUCCUAUGGGAAAACUGGAAAUUAUGAGAAAAUGAGUGCAGUCAUGGCAUACAUGCAAAAAUACCACUUCUCCUGGACCCUGGUAACGUACAACAUAGUCAUAGAUGCAUUUGGAAGGGCAGGAGACAUAAAACAGAUGGAGUUUUUGUUCAGGUUGAUGCAGUCAGAGAGGAUAAAACCAAACUGUGUUACCCUUUGUUCACUUGUAAGGGCUUAUGGGCAAGCCAGGAAAGCAGAAAAAAUUGGUGGCCUUCUGCGUUUUAUCGAGAAUUCAGAUGUGACACUAGAUGUAGUAUUUUUCAACUGCCUUGUCGACGCAUAUGGGACAAUGGGAUGCUUUGUAGAGAUGAAAGGAGUCGUAGAGAUGAUGCAGAAGAAAGGAUGCACGCCAGAUCGAAUCACGUACAGAACCAUGUUGAAGGCCUACUCACUUGGUGGAAUGACUACACAUGCAAAGGAGCUCCAGAAUUCGCUUGCCUCCAUGGACAAGAACUUGCUGGAGGGGGAGAAUCACAUAAAUAAAUUACAAGUUUCCAGGUUGCAGAGCCCCCUGCAGUCUUAAUGCAUAGUGAGUGUCUUCGGUUCUUGUUUCCUGUCCAUUCUGUCUUUGUAACUGAAUUGUGAGAGCAAGUGUUUCUCUUCUAAUAGUUGUACCUUCAUUGUUUCUUUUCAUUUGCUACCACCUAAGGGCUCAACCCCGCCGCGCCCCCCCCGGGGGGGGGGGGGGGGGGUUGUUAUUUGCUGCGUUGUACAUAUUUAGAAGUGCGAAUGAGCUGAGUCGUUCGGGUUUGAUUUGAUGUUCAACUCGAUAAAAUCUUGUUAGAGUAAAUGAUACGAGAUUUAGCCUAA